GCCGUAAAACCCUAAAUAUAUAUAAAUCAAAUACUUUCCUUAUUUCCUCACAUCUUCUUCAUCGCCGUCUUCGAAAAGUCUUCCGUCAACAGCUGCAAAAAUGAAGGUUGUCGCCGCCUUUUUACUCGCCGUUUUGAGCGGAAAAGCUUCCCCAACCAGUGCCGAUAUCAAGGAUAUCCUCGGAUCAGUUGGUGCUGAAACAGAAGAUGCUCAGAUUGAGCUUUUGUUAAAAGAAGUGAAAGGGAAAGACUUGGCUGAGCUGAUUGCUGCUGGAAGGGAGAAGUUAGCUUCAGUGCCAUCUGGUGGUGGUGGUGUUGCGAUGGCUUCUGCUCCAUCCGCUGGUGGUGGAGGAGGCGGGGCUGCUCCUGCGGCUGAGGCCAAGAAAGAAGAGAAGAAAGAAGAGAAGGAAGAAUCCGAUGAUGACAUGGGUUUCAGUCUGUUCGAGUAAGGCAGUGAAACUUGGCUUUACUGCAAAAUUGUAACGUUUUGAAAUCUAUAUGUUGUUGUUUAGUUUGUAUCCAAUCAUCAUUUUUUGAUGUUAAGGAAAUUCUCAAAGGGAUUUUUAUUUCAAAAACAUCAUCAUCAUUUUGGAUUCCAAUUUCUUA